CCGCGCUUUCCCCUUCAGUCCCUCCUCCAGCUUCAAUUUCUGCAACAUGACGGCGGAGUAGUCCACCACAGGCUUGGGAACCUCGGUUAUGGAGUCUCUGCGAACGGGCGGGUAUGGGCGGGGUGCGACGACGGGCGGGGCGGGAAGGACAAGGUAGGGGUCGGAGGAGGAGACGGGUUGGGCUGGGAGUUGGGAAGGGUUUGGUAAUGGGCUCAGCGGGGUGUUUUCCCCACGUCGUAAGGACAUUAUGGUUCUGGGAGGGUGUUGACUGGGUGUGGAAGUACAGCGGGGUCCCCUGGACUGCUACAGAGCGUAGCUGUAGGGCGGCAAUGCGGACCCUUUGCUGCUGGUUACGGAGUGUCGCUAGUGCCGCAGCCUUGUGUUUGGUGUCCAACGUUGUGAAGGUUUGUUGUUCUCGCACACCGAAAGCACAUCAUCAGGAAAGGGAAAGACGCGCAGGCGCCUCUGAGUGCACUAUGAAAAUGCUUAUUCCCCUGAGAGACCUACAGUACAUACGUCGAGUCGCAGAGAUUGGAUGUCAGAACAGUGCCAGAGGCUUUCCUCAAAAGGCAAGGCACGGCAUGAGAGCAGCACAAAGCGCUAAUGCAAGGUAUAAUAACCAGACGUUCAGAACGAUGUGAACUUAAUCUUCGCCGUCAAUGUCCUCGGGUAGCAUGGGUAGCUAAUCUUUUGAUUUGCGAAUGGG